GAUUAAAAGGUGGGCUAAUUGUUUGAUGUGUUAAAACAGAAAAAUUAGCAAGGAAUAAAGUAACAUAAUAUAUCAAAAAGAAGGUGUUCCUUCUUCUCAACAAAAUAAUCAUCAAUUAUUGCACAUUACACACAAUAACUCCAAGGCAGGACUCCUUUGUGACGUGCCAAUGAUGGCGUUGCAUGAUGGGAAAUUAGGAUUGGUGAUGUCAAAUGUAACUGACCGUUUAAACCAUACAUUGCGGAUCAACACCAUAAUGGCUGACCAUAACAAACAAUACUUAAAAUUGAUCGAAAAACACAGGAGAAUGCGAACAAGAAAAAUAGAAUGGGAAUCAUCAAAGGCUGCAAAAUCCUAUGCAAAGAUUUGUAGCACAAGGAAGGUACUUGAUGACCAUUGCUUAAUUGCCCAAGGUGAAGAAGAUAUUGCACCCUUGUUAGGUCCUACUGGGUUAGGACGAUAUGGGGGUGCCAGCAUUGAACGUCUUAAACCAGAUAUACUUCAGAAAAUUAAAGACAAUCAACCACGUUUAAGACGACACCGACGUGCAAUGAGACAUCUCGCCCAAGGUCAACAAGAUGGACGAAUUCAAAACUUAUCAACUCUCGAAGCCACAAAGAAGGUUGGGAAUAUCAUUGAUAGACCUUAUAAAACAACUUUUGAACAACAACUAGCUGAUUCUAAUAUCGGAAAAGUGCAAAAAGCAAAUUUUACACCAAGUAGGGGUAAUACACUUAUUUUGCCCCCUUUAGAAAUAUCAAGAACCUUCAAACAAAUUAGGAAAAAACUGGGCAGCAGAUCUCUUCAAGGGGUAGCCCAGCCACAGAAGCCUAUUGUGCUGACACCUAUCAAGAAUGAACAAGAGUGAAAAAAGUUAAUACAUGUAUAUAUCAACAUUUAACAUCGAAGUGAUAAGAGAUAUGAAUGACAUCAACAUUUUACACUUGCAUCUAUUAUCGAUGACAUCAGCAUAUUAACAUGACACCUAUUCGUUAGGAGAAAUGUAUAUGACAUCAAUAUCCAAUUAAC